AUGAAUAAACGUGGGAAUUAUCCCCAAAUUAAUGACGAAAUGAAAUGUAUAGAAAAUGAAAAUAUGGAUUGUAAGUUAAAUAACGAACAUAAUACCAAUUAUAAUAAUAGCCAAAUAAAUUCGUAUAAUAAUAAUAAUAAUAAUAAUUACUCAGGUGUACACGAAAAUAAUGAACUAACAAAUAGCAAUUUAUGCUUAAACUCAAAUAUACUACAACAUAAUUAUUAUAAUAACAAAAUAAAAGAUUCGGAGAGAUAUUAUAAAAAUCGUAUUUUGAUAGAUCAUAAAAAUAAUAUGAACAAUUCUGAAAUAAAUGAAUAUAAUUGUGAUAAUGAAAAAUAUCGUGAAAAAAUGUAUAGUAAUUCUACUAUUAAUAUUGGAAACUACAGGAAUUAUAUAAAUAAAGAUAAUUGUGAUUAUAAUAUUAAUAUGUAUAAUAAUACGAACAAAAUUGCAAAUACAAAUAUUCAUAUUUUAAAUGAAACGAAUAAAAAUUCUAAUUAUCAAAAUAAUUCAAAAAAUCAUAAAAUAUAUACAGAAUGUGAUAAUGAGCAUAUAUCAGGAGAAAACAACUAUACUAAAUAUAUCAACAGUAUUAUUAAUAAUGGUAAUAUAGGUGAUGCCACUAAAAAUAAUUUCCCUGCAAGCAAUAAUAAUACUAGUUCAAAUUUUAAUGAUCAAUGUAACGACAUAAAAAAUAAAAAUAAUAGUAGUAAUAAUUUUCAACAAUAUAAUAAUUCAAUUGUAUAUGGACAAAAUAUGUCUAAUAAAGAUAAUACUAAUAAUAAUCAAUAUUAUGAAUAUGUAAAUCAUAAUUUUAAUAUGGGACCCCCAAAUGGUACUACAAAUUAUCUAGACAACGGAAUAAAUAGAAAUAGUAAUAAUAAUAACAAUAUUAAAGAAAAUUAUUUAUUGCGAAAUAAUAUGAUUAAUUCUUUGGAAGGUCAAAGAUAUAAUACCAAUGAUUCUGGUAAUAACAACUACAAAGAAAAUAGUUUUAAUAAUCAUAAUUAUCCAAACUAUUCUGGUGAAUAUAAUGAUAAUUAUAGGAAUGAGGAUAGAAAUACAAAUGGAUGGAAUUACAAUACAUAUUAUAAUAAUAAUUGUAAUAAUCCUAUUGGUGAAGAUAGUGAUAGUAAUUUGGGAAAUAAUAGUGACAAUAAUAUUUGUAAUAAUACCGUUACUAAUAGUAACAAUAAUAAUACAGUUAAUAUAAUGAUCAGCAAUAGUAAUACUGGAGAUAAUAAUAUUAAUGACCAUGUAAAUAAUAAUGUUGAUACUGUUCUUUAUAAAUAUAACAUAAAAAAUAAUACUGAUCAUAUUAUUUUAUCCACAGAUAAUGAAAAAGGUAGAUUUGAUUCAAAUAAUAAUAUAUAUAUGAAUAAUAAUUAUUUAAAUGUAGACCAAUGUUAUGCAAAUGAUACUAUUAAUAGAAAAAAUACAAACCGAUGUACAAAUACUAGUAUCAAUAUUGAUAGUAGUAAUCCAACUAUUGCAACUAGUAGUAUUUAUGAUGAUAAUACUAUUAGUAAUAGUAGUUUUAGUAACAAAACUAUUGGUAAUAAUAACUAUAUGUUUAAUGUUACUACACAAAAUUGUGAUAUGAUAAAUUCAAAUAUUACUACAAAAUAUGAUACUUCAUUUUUAAGUAAUUUUGAACAAGAUGAUAAUGAAUGUAAUACUGAAAAUGACAUAGAUAUUGAUACAGUAUCUGAUGAUUAUUAUAAUAAAACUAACUAUAGAUAUGAAAAUAUCAACCAAGGAAAUUCUAAUAAUAAUGCUUUUGAUGUUAGGGAUUCUGGAGGAAGUAUUGCCAAUCUGGCCAGUAUAAACGAUUCUGAUUUAUUUAACCAAUACAACAAUCUAGGUUUAAACGGAAUAGUUAACAAGUUUUCUGGUAAUACUAAUAUUAAUAGGCAAAUAAGUAGAGCAAAUAGCAAUUGUAGCAAUAAAAAGUAUAGCAAUUCUAUUCCGAAAAAUAAUGAAAUAACAAUGCUUUCAGAUCAAACUGUGGGAAGUUAUAAACAAUAUCCAGAAAAUAAAAAUUUUAUUUAUUCUGAUACAAAUAUGUGUAAUAAUAUAGAAAAUAGUAGAAACGCUCAAGAUUAUGAAAACAAAUUAAAUGGGCUAAAUACGCAAGGUGUAGAAAUAACAGAUAUACGAAAAGACGGUGAUAAUAUAAAUACCAAAAAUGUUAAAUAUAAUAAAUAUCAAAAAAAUGACAAACUUAGUAUUAACAGCAUAAGUAAUAAUAGCAGUAAUAAUUAUAUACCUUCUAAAAACAAUAACCCUUCUAAUUAUAUUUUAGAUAAUUACAAUUUAAAUGAAUCCUGCAAUAUCCUUAAUAAUAAUGGGAAUAUAACUUCACUUGUUAAUAUAAGUAGCAGUACAGACAAACUACAUAAUUAUAAUUAUAAUAGUAUACAUAAUAUAAAUAUGAAGGAUUCGAAUAUUAAUAUGGGCCACUUGGAAAAAUAUUCUAUCAACGUUGUGAACAAUAUAUUAAUAGCCAAUCCUAAGGAAUAUAAAAAUUCUACACAAAUUGAGAAUAUAGAGAAUACACAACUAUUGUAUAAUGAUGGAAAUAAUAGCGAUGCCAUGAGUGCUACUAGAUGCAGCAACAAUAAUAAUGUAACUAAUUAUAGAAAAAUUAAUAAUAAUAUAAUAUUUGAUCAUAACACAAAUAUUGGGACAAAAGAAGGGACAUAUAGGAUUUGCAAAAAUAUGAAUAAAAAUUCUGUGUCAGGAAGUAUAUGUAAUCAGUUAUAUGAUAAAAUUUCUGAAUCAAAUAAUUUAUCAAAUUAUAAUGUAAAAAAUGAAAAUAUUGAUAAUAUAGCUUUCUUAUUAAAUUUAAAUAAUCAAAAAAAUAAUAGACUCAGUAAUAAUUCUAAAAAUUAUAAUGAUAUGAAUGUCGUGACUAAUGGUGAACAUGAUACCCACUAUAUUAAUAGCGUGAAUAAUAUGAAAAAUAUCACCACAAAAUAUUAUAGUAAUACAAAAAAAAACAUAAAUAGUGAAAAUACUUAUGAUUAUUUAACUAACCAACCAUAUGAUGCCAACAUUUGCACCCCUGGCGGAAGUAAUAAUAAUAUAAACAGAGAUAACAAUAUAUAUAACGGAUAUGGUAAUAAAAAUAAUAAUGACUAUACUCAAUGGGCAUUAAACUCUAGGCAUAUGGGUUCUGAAGAAAAUAAAUCAUCUAUAAAUAUGAGUCAUGGUUAUAAUCCGAACAGUUAUUUAGUUGAUAAUAAUAAUAAUAUGGUUCAUAGCAAUAGUAGAAAUGCGAAUAAAUCAUUACCUACAUUGUGUGAUAAUAAUAUGUAUAACAAUUAUAUGCCAUUAAAAAAAUAUUACGAAAACAAUUACAACGGCAAGAAUAAUAAUAUAAGAAACAAUCCAAACGUCUGUACUGACAAUAGCAAUGAUAUAGACAGUGAUAUAGCUAAUGACAUGAAUAAUUUAAAUAUGCUAAUUAUCCCUAAAAUUAAAGGAGUUCGUUUUGACAAAUCAGGGCGACGAUGGGUAGCUAGUUGGAGUCAAAAUGGAAAUCAAAAAAGACAAUAUUUUCCUAUCAAAAAAUUUGGUAAAGCACAAGCAAAAUAUUUAGCAAUUUAUGCACGAAUAAAAGCUGUUAAAUGUAUGCAAAAAAAAACAAAUAAAAAUCCAGAAAAUAAAAGAUCAUACUCUAAAAAAUUAACAAAUAAAGAUAAAACAAAACAAGAAAAAGACGAAACUCAAAAUAUGGAAUAUUUUAAUGAUACAGGAGAAGAUUAUAUAGAUAAAUUUGUACCUGAUGAAAAUAAUUUAUGUCACAAUGGCAGCGAAAGUAGUGCCAACAAAACCGAUGAAUUAUAUAAUGACUCAGAGGAUGAAAAUUAUACAAAAAGUUUUAGUAGAUAUAUGACUGGGGAUAACUAUAAAUUAUUGCCUAAUGGUACACCCAAUACAACUGAAUUUAAUAAUUAUAUGAAUGGUCAUAAUAAAACAGAAAACAAUUUACAUACUCUUUCGAGAGAUAUUAAUCAAAAUGAUAAUCCUACUAUUAAUACAAAUAUAGAGAAUGGUGACAAUACUGAUAGCAACAGUAAUAGUAGUAGUGAAGUUGAUGGUAAGCAAAGUUGUUCAGGAGAAAAAACAAAUUUAAAUAGCUACAUUCAAGAGGCUGGAAAUAUUCAAAUGAAACAAUAUGUUCACAAUAUAAAUAAUGGCGUAAAUAAUCCUGGCGGCAGUUAUAAUUUUAAUAUGAAUGACAAUUCAUUAUCAGAGGAAAAAAAGGAUCAAAUUUACGGAGUACAGGAAAAUACAACGAACAUAGAAAUUUCACAUUCUAAUUUAACAAACGAAUUAAAGGACAAUCACAAUAAUACCAUUCAGUUUGGAAAAUAUCCAAAUAUGGCAAGCAAUAAUAAUGAUAUUACUUCGAAUCAGUUUGUGAAUAAUACCAAUUUAAAAAAUGACAACGAGAAUAUUGAAACAUGUGAAAACAGCGAAAACAAUAUUCAAAAUAGUUUGGAAAGUAUAAAUAAUACAAAUUCUUAUUCAUCAGAACCUAGUAAUACAAAUAAUGACCAGACAGGAAAAGGAGGAGAUUUGCUACUACAAAUAAAUGGUGAAAUUAACUCAAAUGGACAGAUGGUGAUUCAAAAUGAGGAAAGUAGUAAUACUACCAUUAAGAAUGAUGAAAAUGUUUCGGAAAAAAAUGAUAAAGGGUUUUAUGAUCCAAAUUUAGUAACAAAUAAUGUAAAUGAUAAUAACAUUAAUGAAAAAUUAAAAAAGAUCAUAUUGUUAAUUGAAAGAUUAAAUGGGAAAAAUAUGAAAAUAAUAAAAAACCCAAAUGAAAAAGUAAACAUCCAAUUUAUCGAAAAUGAUGUCACUAUUAAUAAUCAAAAUGAUAUCACUAUUAAUAAUCAAAAUGAUAAUUAUAUUAAUAAUAUUCAUCAAAUAAAUAUGCUAAAUUUUAAUGAUAAAUUAUUAUUAUUAAAAAUGCUAAAUGAAUAUUACAUGAAAGGAAAUUAUUUGAAGAAUAAUACUUCGAAUGAUUUGGCUGAUAAUAAAGAGGAAAAUGAACUAGCAAAUAUUAAUCAAAAUUUUGAACCCGUUGAAGAUCAAAACACAAAUACGAAUCACGUUGAUAAUGUAAAUAUUUCGAAUCAGGAUGAUGAUGAUGAUGAUGAUAACAAUAAUUUGAUCUCAGACAAAUUGGAAAAAGAAAUUCACAGUACAUCUAAAAAACACACAAAUGAAAGAACAUAUGAUAAUUAUGCUGAUAUAAAUAAUAAAAAAGUAAAAACAAGUUAUGAAGAUAUUGGCAAUAUUAUGAUAUCAGAUGUGGAUCAAAACGACAUAUUAAAUGAUAAGGAAAAAACAAAUGAUAUCACCAAAAGUGAUGAGAGUAGUAACAAUGACUUAUUGAAUUGUGGAGAGUUGCAAAAUAAUGAGGUAACAAACGAAAUGAAUAAAAAUAAGACAAAUACUAAUGAUUCAAAUGAAACGGAUAAUGGUAGUACCGACACAGAAUUAUUAUCUGGUGUUAAAAAUGGAAUUGUCACAAAAUUAAAUGACACAAUCAGUUGUAAAUCAAAUAAUCAAGUAGAAUCUAAAGAGGAUCUAAAAAAAAACAUAACUGAAAAGGAAGAAAAUACAGUCAUAUUUAAAACAAAUAAUCAAAAUAUUGGUGAUGAAGAACAACAAAAUGAUUCAUAUAAUGUGAAUUCUUUGAAUGUGAAAAAUAAUCAAGAAAAUAUAAUAACAACAAAUGAUGAUGCAGCAACCAUAUCCACUUCAACAGCAUCUAUUAAAAAAAUUUGUAACAAUGAAGAAAAUAUAAAUAACAAGAAUAAUGAUAAAAAUGAAAUAUGUGAUCCAAAUGAUUUAUCUAGAGAUAUAGAUUGCAAUAUUCCUAAUAAUAGUAAUUCUGAUCAAUCAAAUUGUUUUUUUAAAAAUUAUUAUACAUAUGAAAAUCCAAAUAAUGUGAAUAAUAUUGGACUAAAUUCUAAUAAUAAUUAUGAAUAUAAUUGCAACAAUUCUGUAAAUUAUCAAGUAGAUGAUAAUGUUAAUAAUAACUGUGAAGAAAAUGAUGGUGAGGAUACUGAUGAAAAUCAUAAAAAUACAAAAAAAGUUGAAUCAUUAAGUUCAUGUCCAAAUACUGUUAUUAAUGGCCUUUGUGAUAAAAUGCCUCAGAUAAAUAAUGUCACAUCAAAAGAAUUACAAGUUCAUGACUAUACCAAGCAAAUACCAUUUAAUAAUAAUUCGUUAAAACAUAAUAACUCUUAUCAGGAUUUUUCUAUAACAUCUGAAAAUGCCAAUAUCAAUUCUAAAAAAUUUAUACCCUAUAAUAUUGGUAAUAAAACUAACCUUACAACUGCAUCUAUUUCUACUACUCAUGAACCCACUGAUACAUCCACAAUUGCUAGUCCUCAAAGAAGUCACCCCAACGAUCAUUUAAUAUGCGAACUGAAUCAUGAACAAAAUAUGAAUGAUACUAAAAUUGAUACAAAUUAUUCUGAAGGAAAUAAACCAAAUUUUAUCAAAAAUGUAUUACAUAUAAAUACUGGAAAUGAUAACUUGAUUAAUGACACCAAUGAACUUGAAAAUGAUAUAAAUGAUGAUGCUAUUAAUGAAACUGAUGAAACUACUAAUAUAGAUGAAAUUAAUAACAGUAGAGAUUAUUGUAAUGAUUUGGAUAAAAAUAAAAUUGAUCAUUCACAAUAUAAGCAAUAUACAGAACAUGUUGAAAAUAAUGAUAAAGGUCAUAUUAUUCAUGCUUUUCCACAAUAUUCUUUUGGAAAUCAUUAUGAUAACAGAAAUAAUCUUUCGAAAAUAAUACCUACAAGUGAAAAAGGACAUAAUAAUGGUUAUCCAAUAAUUGUAGAUACAAAAAAUGGAUUACCUAAUACAAACAAUAUGGAUAAUAUUAAUGAUACGAGUACUAACCUUUCUAGUAAUGAAAACACUGCCAAUUAUGUUAAUAUAAAUAAAGAAUAUAAAAAUGUGCAUAUUUCUGAAUUAUCAGAUAUUGAUAGAAACAGGAUGAGCAAUACCCAAUAUUUAAUAAGAAAUGAAUACGAUAAUUUUUAUUCAAAAAAUGAUUUAUUUUAUGAUCCUAAUUAUUCUACACUUAAUAAAAAUACAGAUAGUAAUAAUAGUCAUAUUAUCGAAAAAGGGAAUAAUAUAUUACUUCAAAAUGGCUUUAAUGUUGAUAUGAAUAUACCUUAUAUGAAUUUAACCAAUUUACCAUCUUCUGAUAUUGUAAAUAAACAAAUAUGUAUAGAAGAAGAUCAAAAAAAUGAUCUAUCUUUUUUGAAUACACAACUUUUUAAUUAUAAACAUAAUAUGGGUAUUAUGCAAAAUGCAAUCAAUCCUAACAAUGAUCAUGAAAAUGUUCAACAUACAGGAGAUAAUAAUGGAACCUUAUAUAAUACCCGUAAUAAUAAUACUAAUAAUAUUAGCGAUAAUGCAUAUAAUAUUCCUACGAAUAAUACUCCAUAUAUAAGCCAGAUGGAAAUAUAA